AUGUCGGAUAAAACGAACCAAACGGAGGAGACACCUCAUCAGAUACCUCAGCGACCUGAGCCGUCCCAAUCGAAGGCCAGUGAAAGGCUUAAUGGGAAGCUAUCUAGAGGUAAUGCGGUUAUUGACUCGGGUUUAACGGUCAAUAAGUUCUCAACUGAGAAGCUUUCUGAGGAAAACGCUCGUUAUUGGUUUCAUGCAAUGGAAAGGCAAUUGAAGGUUCAAUUUGCCUGGCAAGCCGUUAAUGGCUUUCAUGAAGUUACAAGGGCAGAAUGGGAUCAACUGAUAGAUUCAGAUCUAGAUUGGAUAAAACUAGACCUGAAGGCAAAUGUCAUUUUAGAGCAUGGUCUGACAACAGACACGAUUUUAGAGGUUAAAGAUCUCGUGUUUGCCGCGGAGAAGUGGGAUCACCUACGGACUACUUAUCUGAAAUCUUCAGAUGCCAUAAAAGCAAAGCAAUUGCUAAAAUUGGCAAGCUGGCAGCAAAACCCUGAU